AAUGGUUUUUAAAAUAAUAUUUUUUAUUGUUAUCACAUUACAAUUAAAUGGUAAUCUGAAUAGAGCAAUAAACGCAACUAAAUUGAAUAAUAUUUUUUACUACCAUAAUAUUCCUCAUUUGGAAUUAAAUGAUAAUUCUAUGAUAAUCGAAAGCGCUUUAAAAGAUCUGAUGAGUAUGAAUGGAGUGCAAUAUGUUUAUAAACGAGAUUUUUACUGGAGAACAUGGAGAAGAAUAAAAAACGGAACAAAAGAGGAAUUAAUACAUUACAAGAGUCAAAGUAUAAGUGAAAUAAAUUGUACGAUAUGCCACUCAGGAUUUUGGGAAAUUGAAGACAAAACCGAAUUAUGCCGAUUUGAAAUAUCCGCAAUGAAUAAUAGGGAAGAAUUAACUGUUUUUAGACCAGAAAACUCAAAAAUACAAUAUUCAUUAACUAUAUUAAAUUUAAUCAGAAAAUGUGGGAAUCCAAUAAAAACAAAAAUGCGUAUAGCAUACAAAUAUGACUCAAAAUGGCCAGUAUUUUGUCAAGGGCGGGAAUUUUGCGAAAUAGAUACCGCAUAUAUUAUAAACCCGGAUUUUGUUUUAUUUCAAAUAAUAAAUUCAACAAACAUUAUCAUUUACUCGAAAAUAAUGAUGGCGGGAAAUAGAAAUUUCGUCUGCUUGGAUAACUGUCAAAAGCGGAGUCCUACUGAAAAUAAAAAAGUGGAAAUAAAACAAGAUUUAACAGUAACAAGCACUUUUAAUACAUCGGAUAUCAAAAAGAAAUAUCAUAGAAGUGUAUUUAAAAAUACUAAAUGUAAUAGAAAUAUAGACAACGAUAUACCUACGCUUUCAAGUAAACUAUCAAAACUGUCGCCGUGUAAAAAGCUGGAAUUGAUGGAGAUAAUGAAGGAAAAUGAAGAAUUUCAUCCAUUUUUAUGAAUCCAAAACUUACGAAUUUAAUAAAAAUACAUAUUGGAA